AUGGCCAAUGCGGGCCCGAACACGAACGGCAGCCAGUUCUUUAUUUGCACCGUGCCGACUCCGCAUUUGGAUGGCAAGCACGUGGUGUUUGGAAGCGUCGUAGAAGGCAUGGAGGUGGUGAAGAAGAUCGAAGCACAGGACAGCACUCCGCCAAAGAAGCCCUGUGUCAUCGAGGCGCGCCGGGCCACUGUGGUGAUUUUGCUUUUCUUGGGGUGGGUGGGUCGCAUGUCACGAAAGCUAGCUUCAGCUACCUGA